UAAUACAUGUACACAAUCUCCACUCUUUUCUGCCAUUUCAAAGCCUCUUAAACUAUACUUCCUUCUUAUUCUCUCCUCUCUCUGUCACAUGCCAUUAAUGUCCCAAAGCUUUUCCUUCUCUUUUUUAUACAAAAUAUACAAAUAUUUUUUUGCAUAAUAAUAAAUAGCCCAUCUCAUAUUUCUUUGUAAAAUAAAUUAUAUAUUACCCAUUGAUAUAUAUAUAUAUAUAAAUAUUAUACUAUAGAGGAUAUUCAUAUUGAUAAUUUAUCCCAUUGUUAGGUAUUGAAAUCUUGUUAUUUCAGUUUCUCCAGCUCCCAUUAAAGGUGAGUUUUUUUUUUUUCUUAAAUAAUCAUUUUCUUGUUCGUAUUUAGCUUUUAUUUAUUUAUUUGUUUUUGUUCAUUUUUUGAAUCUUGAAAUAUGAGUUAUUUUGGGGUUUUUUUUUCAAGAAAGAUGUGAUAUUUUUGUUUAUUUUUGGUGGUUUUGUUGUGUUGAAUGGCUUUUAGUUAUAAAAAUUUCAACUUUUUUGGUAAAAUCUGUAUGUUACUUUAUUGUUGUUAUGCAAAUGGGAUUAAGUGGGAGAGCUGAAGGGAAUUUAAUGAUGUGAAUAAUUUUGUCAAAUAUAGAAUCUUUUUUGCAUUUAUUAAAGACACCUUGUGUAGUAUAUUCUGCUAUCCGUUGAUUUUCUUGGGAAAUAAAUGGCUGCAUAUUCAUGAAUAUAGUUUUUGCUUAUUAAAUGUAACUGGAAUAUCACUGCUUUGAUGUGAGUUACUUGAGCUGAGGGUCUUUUGGAAAGUCUCUCUGCCUCCACGAGGGAAGCAUUUGGAUGGCAUUAUUGUCUUGGAAUUGCAUACCGAAGUUGGUCAAAGAUCCUAAUAACUUAGUAGAUUCCUAUAAGAAACUAUUGCAGGCCUGCGUAUGAGGCAAAUGUUGCUAUAGAACGUGCCGGGGAGGCUUGAAGAUGGAUCACAUUAGUUCACUUCUUGCUAAAUUUUGUCCUGAUUUUCUUAUAGGUUCCUCCAAGUUUGAACUUUGGUACUUGUGACUAUAAAACUUUAAACCAUGAGAAGAUGUUAGGCAAACUUUUACGCUGAUAUCUGAUGGCACCAAGACAUCCCCGCCUUAUCGCCAGACGAUCUCAUGGAAAAGUCAUUUUCAUCGUGCUCUUGAUACUAAUACCGAUUUUGCUCUUUGGCAUUUAUCUCCAUUUCCAUAAGAUCACCUAUUUUUUCCGCCCACUUUGGGACAAGCCUCCACCUCCGUUUGUGCAUUUGCCACAUUAUUAUGCUGAAAAUGUUUCUAUGGAUAAUCUUUGUCGCCUACAUGGAUGGACCCUACGUCCUGAACCACGUCGUGUAUUUGAUGGGAUCAUAUUCAGCAAUGAGCUAGACUUGCUUGAGAUAAGGUGGCGUGAGCUCUAUCCCUAUGUUACAAAAUUUGUGAUCUUGGAAGCCAACUCCACUUUUACUGGACUUCCGAAGCCAUUGUACUUCUCUGACCAUCGGGAACGAUUUGCAUUUGCUGAGGAUAAGAUUGUACAUGGUGUAUUUCCUGGCCGUAUAGCAUCCCCUGGGUCAUACGAAGAUCCGUUUAAACUAGAAGGACAGCAACGCAUCGCAAUGAACAGGUUACUUCAUGCUGCUGGUAUCUUUGAAGACGACCUUCUCAUUAUGUCAGACACCGAUGAAAUCCCAAGCCACCACACUAUUAAACUCCUUCAGUGGUGCGACGGAGUGCAUCCCGUGCUGCAUCUGGAGCUUAGACAUUACAUGUACUCCUUUGAGUUCCCUGUUGACUAUAGUAGCUGGCGUGCCACUGUUCACAUUUACAACAGGUGGACGAAAUAUAGACAUUCCCGCCAAACAGAUGUUAUACUUUCUGAUGCAGGGUGGCAUUGUAGCUUUUGCUUCCGGCAUCUGCAAGAUUUUGUAUUCAAAAUGACUGGUUACAGUCACGCAGACAGAGUUCGGCGUAGAAACUUCCUAAAGUAUUCUAGGAUUCAAAAGCUCAUCUGUGAGGGAGCUGAUCUUUAUGACAUGUUACCCGAGGAGUAUUCUUUCCAAGAAUUGAUCAAGAAAAUGGGAUCAAUACCUCGCUCAGCAUCUGCGGUUCACCUUCCAACAUACGUCAUUGAAAAUGCAGAUAAGUUUCGAUUCCUCCUCCCAGGAGGUUGUCAGCGAUCACCGCGAUGAUUCUUCCAACACGGUAACUUAUUCAGUUUGCUUCAGCUGCUAGUUUUAGACCUUAGUGUUGUUUUUCCACUCAAAUUUGCACAUGUUUUAGCUAAUAUGAGUUGAAUUUCCUUUUGGUAUGGAGAAAAAUAGUUUCCCAUACCUUUGCAAUAGAAUGUAACACACAUAUUUACAUCAAUCAAGAUGCCUGUCAAAUGGAAAAAAACAUUUUUCUUGCUAA